AACGAUUUUAAAGAUAAUGAAGUUAAUAUAUCAGUAAAUAUUGAUGGACUUCCUCUCACAAAAAGUAGUGGUAGCCAAUUUUGGCCUAUUUUGAUAAAAAUCGAUGAAUUGGAGAAACUUAGACCAUUUCCAGUAGGUGUUUAUCACGGAGAAACUAAACCAAACAACUCUAACAUCUUUUUAUUCAGAUUUGUUGAAGAAAUGAAGAUUUUGCAAAACGAAGGUUUACGUUUACAUGAUAAAAUAGUGAAAAUAAGACUUAGUAAAAUUCUCUGUGAUGCUCCUGCAAAAUCGUUCGUACUGUGUAUAAAAAAUUUUAAUUCUUAUGCAAGUUGCACUAAAUGUUACGCUGAAGGAUCAUUUCAAAAGAACAGAAUGACUUUUCCUGAAUUGAAUUCAAAAGUAAGAACUAAUGAAGAAUUCUAUUCUCAAAGUGAUGAAGAUUUUCAUAAAGACACAUCUAUUUUAUGUGAUUUAGAAAUUGAUUUUAUUAAAAGUGUUCCAUUGGAUUAUAUGCAUCUGAUAUUAUUAGGAAUAAUGAAACGUUUAUUGGGAUUUUGGCUUAAAGGAAAUCAAGAA